GCUUGGCUUCAUUCCUAAUCUCAAAGUUUCGCGGCAAACACAAACUUUUUUGUUACAAAAUUUUUUUAAUUUGUCUACAUAUGGUUAACUUAUUUUAAGAAAAUAUUGGAAAAACUCUGUAUCUAACCUAUUUUUUGGAGAUGUCUAAAAAUUAUGGACCUGGACCUGGAGCCUACAUGCUGCCCAGCAGCUUUGGACAAAAAGGACCUCAGUAUUCCUUUGGCCGCAGGAUUGAUCGCAGGAGGCACGAGAAGCCUGGUCCUGGUCCUGCUGCCUACAAGGUCGAUAAGGUCACUCGAUAUGGCAAUUCGGAGGGCCCCCAGUUCUCCAUUUUGGUGGGCAGUUCCAGGAUCAAGGCACUUCCCGUCAGAUUCGCUUAAAAAAUAGUACUUGAUGAGAGUCCAUGUGAUAGUAAAAUCCAUGUGAUAAUAAAUCUUAGAAUGCAUUAUGCACCAAUUAUUCGUUCAAUAAAGUAUGCGAAACUUAUGAAA